AUGUUGACUACAAAAGUAAUCAUCGUUAUUUUAUGUUGUUUGUUGGUUUCAUCUUAUGGUCAACAACCAUCUACAUGUCCAGAUCAAGGUAGUGGUAAUUAUGGUUGUUUUGAUAUUACAUCACAAGGUAACUGCACAGAAGUAUCAAAUAAAUCACCAACCUACGAUUAUCGUUGGUUAAAUUCUGGUGUGGAUUCAAAUGUUGAUUGGACUAUUACAUGUGGUGAUAUUAUUGCAUACAAAAUUCAAGGGUACACUGGUGUAUGGUCCGGUUGGUAUGUACCAGGUGUUAAUGAUAUGGAUACGAAAGUUAAUGGUGGUAAUGGUCUACGACGUCUGUGGUCAUACUUCUAUGAUCAUAACCAUUCAUAUAUUAUUUGCAAACCAAAUAACAUUAAUCAUCUAAAUGGAUGUUAA